UAACCAAAAAUAUUUUAGCUACACACAAAUUUAACAUGUUACUGCUGGCUUAACUACCCACUAUCAGCUAAUGCUGUACUCCGAUAAAGUUGUAUUCUUUUUAAACGUGAAAACAUGCCCGAGCUGGCGUUUUUUCUCGCUAAUCAAUAUGGUGACGUCACCACGUGCCCAGAUUUUCCACUUAUUUUUCAGCCUGCUUAAAAUAUCUACCUUGAAAAUAAAAUGAGACGUCUGCACUCCCCGCUCCUUCGCCACAUUGCUGCCACCAACUGGCUCCAUCACAAGCUUUUCAUCGGGCGCAGUCUCUGUCAACCCAACCACAUCUGCAAACAAUGGCGGGCUGUGCGCACCACCUUGAAUCAGCACGUUCAGGACUUGACCGGACCCGAGCAGAUGCUGGUGAAUAAACUCUACGCGGGUCUUAUCGGGGGUCACCGAGCUUCUCUGGCUGAGUCCAUCACGCUGGUGGAGACGCAGCAUCCGCGGAAGAAGGAGCUGGCCCAGAUGCUGCUGCAGAGGGUGCUGGCUUACAGGAAGGACCAGGAGAGCCGAAAUGAUGGGAAGCCGCUGUCCUUUAGAGUAGGUCUCUCCGGUCCUCCGGGAGCGGGGAAGUCGUCGUUCAUCGAGGUGGUGGGGAAGAUGCUGACGGGACGUGGGCAUAAAGUGUCGGUGCUGGCCGUCGACCCGUCCUCCUGCACGACGGGAGGCUCCCUGAUGGGCGACAAGACCCGCAUGACAGAACUCUCCCGUGACAUGAACGCCUUCAUCCGACCGUCGCCCACGUCGGGGACGCUCGGCGGCGUCACCAGGACGACCAACGAAGCCGUCGUGCUCUGCGAAGGGGCGGGUUACGACGUCGUCCUCGUAGAGACUGUGGGUGUCGGCCAGUCCGAGUUUGCAGUGGCGGACAUGGUUGACAUGUUUGUGUUGCUAAUUCCGCCAGCAGGGGGCGACGAACUGCAGGGCAUCAAGAGGGGCAUCAUCGAGAGGGCCGACCUAGUGGUGGUGACCAAGUCGGACGGAGACCUAGUGGUGCCAGCCAGGAGGAUCCAGGCGGAAUACACCAGCGCUAUGAAGCUGCUCAGGAGGCAGUCCAAGUCCUGGAACCCCAAGGUGGUCCGCGCGUCCUCGCACACCCUUGAGGGCAUCCCGGAGGUGUGGGCGAAGGUGCAAUCGUACCGCCAGGCCAUGUUGGCCAGCGGUGAGCUUCAGGGGCGCCGCCGGGCCCAGCAGAAGGUGUGGAUGUGGACCUUGAUCCAGGAGAACGUCCUGGCCCACUUCCGGCAUCACCCCGCCGUCCGCGAGGCCCUGCCCCACCUGGAGGAGAGGGUCACCCGCGGGGACAUCUCCCCUGGCCUGGCGUCCGACCUGCUCCUCAAGGCCUUUCUGGCGUCGUCCUCGUAGUUGCUUGGGGGAAGGGGGGCUUCGUCCAGCAGGGGGCGCUAAUGCAUUGAAAAGCUUUCAAUAAUCGACAGCCUGUUCAAAUGGACAUUUGGAGAGUGAAACUGAGACAAAGAAGCAAUUUUAAUGGAAAAAAAAAACAUAUCAAUAACACUGUCUCUUACAUGGGGCGAGUACUUGAUAAAAGUAUCCAUAGUAUAAUCAAUUCUGCAAAGAUUAGUUUGUGACACCCCUGCAAGGUACAUGUACUGUACAUGUAUACACAAAGAUGUCCUUCAAACAAAAGAGCCUUAGAAUGCACGUUACUGCCUCCUACAGGACUGGGAUGUCCUAGUAUUAACUAGGACUGAAUAAAAACAUCCUUCCAUUUUCUGGGCCGCUUGUCCACACGAGGGUCCUGGGAGUGCUGGAACCUAUCACAGCUGUCAUCGGGCCGGAGGUGGGGUUCACCGUCAACCGGUUGCCAGCCAAUCGGAGGGCACACAAAGACUGACAACAGUCUCAGUCACAAUGACACUUAGGGACAAUUUAAGUCUCCAAUUAAUGCGUUUGUUUUUUAGGGAUGUGGGAUGAAACUGAAAUUCCUGGAGAGAACCCACACAGUCGUGGUGAGAACAUGCAAACUCCCCACAAGUGGGGCCGGGAUUUAAACCCUGGUCCUCAGUACUGUGAUGCUAACGCUCUACAGCUGCCCCACCAUUCCACCUGAAUAGAAACGCGGUUUAAAAAAAUCAAUACUAUGGUGUAUUGUAAAUUUUUUCUACAGUAUCACAGUGGGAUUUCAUUUCUACAAUCAUUUUUGAACAAAUGUGAUUGUGAUUUUACUACAUUUACAUGUAACCAUGACUGUCCAGUAAUCAUGUACUGAAUACAAUUUUUUUUUUAAAAUCCCACACAAUAUGAUUUUUUUUUUUUUUUUUUUGGUUUUGUUUGUUUUUCUGGUCAAGUACAAUAAUGUACUUUGUAAUAGCAUCCAGAGAAUACCCGGUAUGUGUUUAGUAUUUUUAUUUCAUUUUAUUUUUAAGAAAAAAUGUUUUACUAAAGUUACAAUUUGCAAAAGGAUGUUUU